CGGUGCAUCGCGCAGACGCAUCAUACGCAUGCACGGUAAUUCUGAUGAUCGGAAAGUAAAAUAUGAUUUGCAUUUUGUAAUGUAGGACUUUGCGCAUAGUAAUGGUGUCUCAUUAGGAAGCAAUAAGGCGCCGAAUGGUCGGGGUCAGAAGACCAGAAUGACUGACCAGGAUACAAAUAACAAUGCGCUCGCGUUACGGGACAGUUUGACAGAGCCGCACGCGUCUCGCUACGCUAUAAUCCACGCUCGCACGUUGAAGGUGAAGACGGCGGCGCAGUUCCUGCAGAAUCCCAAAGUCUCGUUGAGCCCGCUGGCACAAAAGCAGGAGUUCCUUAAGAGGAAGGGACUCACGGACGAGGAGAUCAAGACCGCGUUCAAGCUAGCAUCCAUCGACGCUCCAUCAGUCCCUGAUCGCAAUGCUUUCCACAGUCCAAGCUCGUACACGGCCAUACAGAUGCCACAGGGACCACUUCAUCCCUAUCAUCAGAUGAACGUUUAUCAACCGACCCUUCUGCAAAAGAUCCGGGAUUUCUUCAAUGUCACUGCAUUAAUCGGCGUGACAGCGUACUGUGCCUAUUUAUUUUACAAGAAAUUUAUAUCACCGUUUCUGUUUGGCCGAAAGAAGAAGGAGACCAUACAGGACAAAGUAUCUGAAUUAGACAAGACCGUCCAGGACUCCAUGAAAGAAAUGAGAGAAUUUGUCUCAAAGGUGGAACGUGAUGUGCAAAAGUUGACUCAGCAUCAAGCACUCGACCCAACCAUCCCGCAAUUGGUGCAGGAACUUAAACAAGAUUUAUCUAGUCUGAAGGCUUUACUGCUAUCUAGGAAACAAUUUCCUAGCGCUCCAGCAUCCAUUCCACCAUGGCAGUUGGAAGCAACAAAUGUGAGACAAGAAAAAGCGACCGAACGAGAGGACGAUGCUGGAAGUGGGAGCAGUACGAACAAUUCGGAUAGUUCACUGGAAAUGAUUCGAGAAGAUCCGCCCAAAGAGUAAAUUUAUUUGUUCUAUUGCGCAGUUACUUCCAUGAGAGGAUAGUCUUCUUUAUACAAUUCAACGUCGUCACGUUGGGACAAAAGAAUUGUGAUUUGAAUAUUACAUAUUAAAAAUGUCUUGCUUUUUACUCUCGAAUAGCGGUAGCGUUGAUGUAUAUUUUUGAUGGUGUCGACAGCUUUGCGAACUAUUAACUAAUAAUUUUACUUUUCCAUUAUAAAUGUAAUACGAAGAACUCCGAGGUGAUUGAGGAACGUGUGUUUAUAUAUCGAUUAUUAUACUAUUUUCGUCGCAACAACGUAAAUAAUAUAUCGGCCAAAUAAAUAUACUAGAUGAA